AACGAAAGACCCCAAAGCGCCAAUAUGGCGGCGCCGGAGAGAGAUGCCGGGGAGUUUAAAAGCUGGCUAAAUGCUCGACUAGACUCGUUGGAAAUGGACCGUGAAGUGUACGGGACUUACAUUUUAGGGAUUUUACAAGAAGAGGACAGCGACGAAGAGAAGAAAGAUGCACUUCUGGGGAUAUUUUGCGCUUUUCUGGAGGAGGACACCAUGGAGGAUGUGUGCAUGCAGAUUAUUCACCAGUGGUCAGAGUAUUGCAGACAUUCAGCAGGAAGACAACAUACUGACGAUGCUGAGGUCCAGGCCAUUGCCACCAUGAUAGAAAAGCAAGCUCAGAUUGUAGUAAAACAGAAGGAGGUAUCGGAGGAGUCGAAGAAGAGGAAGGAGGCUCUACUUGCUCAAUAUGCAAACGUAACAGAUGAAGAGGAUGAAGCUGAAGAAGGCGAACCAACCACUGGAACUGACUUUACCCCAAGUGAUAAAUCCUUGUUCAAGAACACCAACGUGGAGGAAGUGCUCAGCAGACAGAAGCAGAAGCGUGAGCAGGCCCGUGAAGACGCUCAGAAGAAGAAGGAGACGGACAAGAUGCAGCGAGAGAAAGACAAACUAGCCAAACAAGACCGAAAAGAGAAGGAGAAGAAGCGUACACAGAAAGGUGAACGCAAAAGAUAAAACCAAGACUUUUCACAAAGGAAAAGUACUCAAUCUUUCCCUUUUUCCCAGCUGUGUAAAAACUGUUAAUACUCCUCGAUUGAGUCCCAUGUAAACAAACACUCGAUGUUCUUAUUUUCACUCUAACGGCGAUUUAAAAUCUAUACGGCGGCUCAGAACGCUGUUUUCCAUUUCAUUGUUUUCCCAGUGUGACACAGGCUUUGACUAAAUUUAGAAUUUCAUAAACUGUAACGAAAAAUAACCAUGAGGGAAACGAACAAAACUCAAAACAACUCAGAUCCAUAUUUCCGUUUAUGCUCUUUAUGCUACCGUUUAACAAAUUGAUAUUUUUGCAAACCCACUAAAGACGAGUUCUAUUCUUUCUGCUGCUUUUUAAUUUUUCACAAAGAACAAAGAUUUGCUAAUAUAACCACAAAUAUACAAUGCACCAUCACAUGAACGUUUGAGAGGUAUCUUUUACAAAACUAUUAUUAAAAAAAAUU